UCAGUUUCAGUUGCGUGUUGAAAAUUUGAUAUGGUGGUGUACUGUCGCAGGAGGUGAUCGUGUAAUGUUGUUAUUUUUAAUGACAUGUGCUAAUGAAAACCUGAUAAACAUGACAUAAAAUAAUGGAGUGCAAAGUAUUUGUGUUGUAUUCAUUUUACUUAUUAUUAAAAGUAUGUAGCUGCAUAGACCAAGCAUCAUUUUAUGGGAACAGUUUUAUUUCGGUGCCGUUCAAAGAAGCCAGAAGUUCCACGGAUAUUCAUUUUAAAUUUAAAACUCAUUUACUUGAUGCUUUAAUAUUACUAGUAGCUGGUACUACAGAUUAUUGCAUUGUUGAACUGGAGAAUGGCAGAAUUAAAGUUAAUAUCAAUCUAGGAGCUGGUGAAUCAGAAUUAUUGUCACCUAAUAACCUGAAGCUGAACGAUUUUAAAUGGCAUGAAGUCAUCAUUGCAAGAAGAGAGGCCAACCUAUCCAUGACUAUUGAUAAAUCACAUAAAGUACAAAAGCAUCUUCCAGGAAAAUUUUUUGAAUUAAAUAUCCACUAUGGACUGUUCGUUGGUGACAACAAAAACAAAAAUAAUACAGAUAUAUUUUUCGGUCACGUAGAUAAAUUUAGAGGGUGUCUGUCAGGGUUGCGAUAUAACGAUAUAAUGGUACUGGAACAAGCGAGACAUCGACAGUCACAAUCUACUGUCCAAGGAAUAACUUGGAACUGUGCGGCUGAAUUUGAGGCAACCGUAGACCACCCUAUCAGUUUCGUCGAAGACGACGCAUACAUGAUCAUCCCACAAAAACAGCAUUACAAAGAAUUCAAGAUACAUUUUGAAGUAAGAACCAUAACGAGAGACGGAAUAUUAUUUUACAACCCAGGCCAUAAGUUGAAGCCAGAUUUUUUUCUGAUAGAGCUGAACAAUUACUCGGUCCGGAUCGUAGUGAAGGUGGGGGAGAAAAUAUUGAAACUGCUGAGUAAAAAUACGAAAAUUUCUGAUGGGGAGUGGCACAAAGUAUUCUUCAGACUGUCCACUUCGUCGAUAGAGCUUAGCAUUGACGAAAAAGUCGUAAGUGAAAAAAAUAUCCAUGGGCACCUGUUCCAGCUAAGCGACAGCUCAUAUUUAGGUGGCUUAGAGAUUAGCAAAAGGUUCCGUGCAACUCAAAAAGGUUGUAGUAAAUCUUGUGAUAGUAGCUUUAAAGGUUGUAUUCGACACCUUUACGUAUUAGACGCCAAAAAAGGACUUCCAGAUGCAAAUGUAACUGAGGGCCUCUUGCCAGGAUGUAUGUGGCAAUAUCCUUGCUUACAAAAUCCUUGUAAAGACAACGGAAUUUGUAUCCAACAAGGUUUGGAUUCGUUUCAGUGUCAAUGCCAGGAAGAUCUUUGCGUAAAUGUUAAUUACACCGAGCGUUAUAAAGUGUUUUCCAAGAGUAGCUUAGCUACGGAAUUGGAGUUGUUAGCAGUUGGACCACUGGAUGUUUUAGAGGGACAAAGCGAAAUUAUAACAACGAGGAAUCUCCACAUGAUCCUCGAUUAUCAAAAAUAUGGUAUCAAAGAUUCAGGUAUCAACUUUUUCAUCGUUGAAGGCCCUGAACAUGGAAGUAUAACUAUUGACAUUUGGCCCCACGGGAAUUCCUUUUCAUUACAUGACGUCGCGAGGGAUAAGGUGCAUUAUGUUCAUGAUGGAACUGAAAGUAGUCACGAUAGUAUGGUUUUGGAAGUUGAAUUUUCAACAGCUGACACUUUUACAUUGCCUGUGUACUUGCAAGGAAAAUUUCGUUUUAGUUUAUCAGCUAACGUUAUACCAACAAAUGAUGCUCCUGUUUUGGAUAUCAGUGAUUCAACCGUUUUUCGUACAGUACAGGGAACGAAAAAGUUUAUAUCACCAGAGGUAUUUAAAGCGGUUGAUCCAGAUAAUGCCCCGUCAGAGCUAAUUUAUUCAGUUUUAAAGUCGGAAAGUGGUUUCUUUGAGAAUGUUAAGAAGCCAGGCGUCAAAAUAACGUAUUUUACCCAAGAAGACGUUGAAAAAGGAAAAAUCGUAUUCUUCGACCAAAGUUCCGGUUCAAACACGUCGUACAUAUCCCUUCAAGUUUCUGAUGGUAUAGAGAUUAGUCCAGUUUACCAAUUACGAGUAUCUAUUUCUCCGCAAUAUUGGAGACUGGAACGAAAUACAGGCCUAAUAGUUUUGCAUCAAACUUCAUCGAUAAUAACGCCUUAUAAUUUAAGUUUUACAUCGAAUGUAGCCAUUCCAGAUUACUCAGCGCAAUUCACGAUCGUGAAGAAGCCUCAGUAUGGGGUCAUAGAAGUAGAAAAAAAUGUGAAUUCUUGGGAAGCAUCGGAUAGUUUUACUAGCGGUGACCUGAAACAACAUCGUGUGAGGUACAGACAUGUUAAUUCGAAGCCAGAUUUCGACGAAUUUCAGUUCAGAACGUUGGAUAAAUCCCAAUUAUAUACAUUUAGGCUAACAUUCGCAAAGUGUACUUUAUACAAAUUGAACAGCAAAACCAUGAAAUUACACGAAUACUGGGAAAUGCCGAUAUCUACAAAGUACUUGUCGUUCGAAACGAAACCCAUGAAAACGCUUACAUCGAUAACCUACGUUAUAUCUAAACCUCCUGAGUAUGGUUUCCUGUUUUCUUCUGUUUCCAAGUACAGGCUAAGAUCCUGUGAUACGUUUACUCAGGAAGAUAUUGUUUCGCAAAAUAUUAAGUAUAGACUGUACCAAAAGGCUUACUCAGAUGUGGAAGAUUAUUUUUCCUUCGUUGUUCUAUCACCGGGUUGCAAUAACGUCUCUUCAGAUUUGACAAUAACCUAUUCCCCUCCCAUGGAAGACAAGUUGAAAGUAACCGUAAAUUUAAAACCACUCCACGUCGAAGAAGGGUCUUCUGCUCUUAUCAACCCAUCCCACUUAUACUUAGAAGCAGAUUUUGUAUCGGAUUUAUUAUAUAAUUUAACGAGUAAAGUAAAACAUGGUAUUCUGCAAGUUAAAAAGGGCGAUAUUGUCAAAAAUGAUACGAGUUACUUCACUGCAACUGAACUGAAAAACAACUUGCUUCACUACCUUCACGAUGGGUCUGAAACUCUAACAGAUUCAUUUAAGUUUAUCGCUUUAUCAACGAACGAAGAAAAUUUCCAAUACGUUGGACAGUUUAAUAUAAAUAUUCGUCUGAAGAACGAUAACAGCCCGGUAAGGGCGGUUGAUAAAGUCUUCCACAUCGUAGUAGGUGGUGAGAGACUUUUAACAGGAAAAGAUUUAAAAUACACAGAUGAAGAUCUAGGAACGCCAACUUCGAUGAUAGUGUAUACCUGCCGUGAAUCUCCCAACGGACAUUUCUACUACAUCAACAGUCCCAGCACGAAAAUCACAGAAUUUACUCAGGAAGACUUAGACGAAAGCAGGAUCAUUUUCAAGCAUAAAGGACCCGAGUACGGUAAAGUAAGAUUGUGGGUGACUGAUGGACAGUUCCACGUAAACGGAAUUUUGGAGAUACAAGCUUCGGCACCGUUCAUUCACGUUGAUAUGAAUAAAAAAAUUAUAGUAGAGCAAGGAAAAAUCGUUGUAAUUACGAGUGAACACCUUUCGUAUUCUACAAAUGUGUACGCUUUUGAUAAAGAUGUGGUUUACGAAGUGACCAGUCCGCCUACUUUUGGGAAAGUGGUUUCUUCAAAGACGCUGAAAGUAAUUAAGAAUUUUACCCACGAAGAUAUAAGCAGGGGUCUAAUAAGCUAUCUCAAUGAACAGCUUGCUGGUAAUGCCGAUGAGAUUGGGAUUAGAAUUCGCUGCAAAGAUGCUAUUAAUGUUGCCCAGUUAGGUGUUUGGAUGUUACCAUCGAACUAUUGGGACCCUUUAGACAUCAAGAGUUUGAAAAAGCUGUCUGUUGAGGAAUCGACGAGUGCUUUAAUCACGAAAAAGAUAUUAGAGAUUUCUCAAAUUAACGUACCACCAUCAGCGAUUACCUACCACAUUGGAGAAAUGCCCGAAUACGGGUAUUUAACUAUUUUGUCCGACGGGAAAAACGGCAACGAACAAGUCAAUGUGGUGUCUUUCACUCAAAACUUAAUAAACGAGAACAAAGUUUUAUAUAUCCAAUCGGGGACGAAUCAGACUAGGGACAGAAUAGUAUUUAACGUUACAAAUGGAAUAGUGUGGAGAAAAAACGUUCAUUUGGAUAUAGAAAUUAUACCAGAAAGACUUUACUUAGGCAGCAACAACUUGGUGGUCAACGAAGGUGGCGUCGCCGUCUUAACAACAGCUCAUCUAUUUGUACUUACAGAGUAUUACAAAUCAAAAGUCACUUUGUACACUAUUACAGAUAAUGUGAAACAUGGUUGCAUUCAAGUUCACAAAAGGUGCAUCAAAUCCAAAGCAUUUUCUUUAAAAGAAUUGCAGGCGGGUGUGGUGCAGUACGCUCAUGAUGGUACCGAAAAUUUGGAAGACCAAGUAACGGUAGUAGGAGAAACUAGCCAGAAAAAAAGUUUCCCAAUUAUCUUGAAGAUCACCAUUCUUCCAGUUAAUGAUCAGAAGCCUAGGCUGGUGAAUAAUACGGGUCUUAUUAUGUGGGAAGGCAGUGUUGCAGUUAUAACAAAUGAAAUGCUGGCUGCUGUUGAUGACGAUAGGCCUAAAGAUACCUUGAAGUAUCAGGUGCAAAGUUGUUGGUGGGGUAGUGUUUCCUUAAUAUCUGACGUGACAACUUCCCUUAACUAUUUCACUCAGGAAUUGCUGGACAAAAGGAUGGUGGUUUUUCGACAUCAAAAUGGUUCUGAAGCGAGAUUCAAGUUUAAUAUAAGUGAUGGUUUACAUACAACCAAGGAUUAUAUUUUUCACAUUAAAACGAAGCCAGUACAGUUAAAAUUAGUAAGCAAACCCCUGCACAUCUUUCCACUACAAAGAAAAUAUCUUACAUCUAAUCACUUGCUUACUACGGUGUCCGAUUUUAAUAGAAAAAUUCAUUACGAAGUCAUCGUGCCUCCAAUUUUGGGUAGACUGAUGAUGGAAUCAGAGAAAAUGGGAAUCUUCAAGGUAGUGUCUAGUUUCAGUCAAGAUGAUCUGAAUAAUACGAAAGUUUUCUAUGAGCACACUCAUCAAUUUUCUGAUCUGUAUGCUAACGAUUCGUUUAUGUUUAAUGUUAGGGCCCAUCUAGCUCCAAAAUUAGUAAAUCAGAUUUUGAAAAUUGACAUAUCUGUAUCUUCUGGAGGAUUGGAUGCAUAUGUUAGCAUUCCAAAGAUAUCUGUAGAUGAAGGUGGUGAAACUAGCAUCCCUUUAAACCUUUCUGGAGUGAUAUCAUUUUUGGAGAAUCAUGCAGGGCUUCGUUCUCCUAUAAUACACGCUUCAGCCAUGACACCACUUCACGGCCAGGUGUUUCUGCAGCAUAAUAAAAAUUUAACGACUUUCACGCAAAAACAAUUGGAAUCAGGUCAAGUUUAUUAUGAACACGAUAACUCGGAUUCUUUAGGAGAUAACAUACAUUUCUCGCUGUAUCUUAUACCUGGUUAUGUUACUUUGUGUAAUGUUACCGUUCCAAUAAUCGUAAAUCCUGUAAAUGACCAACCUUUUAAGCUGGUCACUCCAGCCCCGAGCCUAGAAGUUGUGCAAGGGGAAAACCAUACAAUAACAAGGCAUGAAUUAGCUACGGAAGACCCAGAUACUCCUCCGUCGAAACUUAAAUAUGAUAUAAUCUCCGAGCCUACUAAAGGCAAGUUGAUUUUAUUACCGGAUGGUGUGCCUGUUACAUAUUUUACACAGGCAGAUAUCGAUGAAAACAGGCUUGUCUACAUCCAUGAUGGUACCUCGCUGAAGGAUUCCUUCCAUUUCCGUAUAUGGGAUGAGCGAUUUAGACCACAAUUUAAACUUUUCAACAUUAUAGUGAUUCCGAUAAAUAUUACCAUUUUACCUGGGCUACCGGUGUAUUUAGACCAAGGAUCUGAUGUCGUUUUAUUAUCAGAGAAACAGUUCUUCAUCGAUACGAAUGCCGAUAAAAACAAAGUUCAGUUCACCGUGAAACGUCCUCCAAAACAUGGAGUUUUACAUAAAGAUAAUCACGCAAAUUCCUUCUAUAAGAACAAGCCUAUGACGUCAUUUACUUAUGCGGACUUAACGAGUGAAAAAAUCAUGUACUUGCAAAUGGAUAUGACAACGGCUAACGAUAGUUUUCACGUGUAUGGUGAGAUAUCAGCAGGCAAUACAUCUUUUGGAAGUGACAUGGAAGUUGUUAUUAAAGUACAGCCGUUUAUGCAGAUUUAUAAUUUUACCAUAAAAGCAGGCGAAACUUCUAGAUUAACGUUGAACGCUAUAGACGCUACGCCUUUGGCUAAGUUAACAAACAGUAACCCUAACUAUACUAUCAUAAGCUUGCCGAAAUACGGGCAGGUGAGGAAAAUAAUCCGAAGUUCGGGUGAAAAACGAAAUGCCCUCGACAAAGUUGUUAAUACUUUCACUCACGAAGAAGUACAAAGCGGUUUGAUUUACUUAGCGAUUAAGGAUAUAGAGGUGCCAUGGGAUGGUAUUCAGGAUAAAUUGGUUUUUAUGCUGGCGACAAGUAUUUUUCAACCCGCCGUCGGUGAACUGAAAAUUAAUAUUAAAUCUUCUUUGGAUAACGAUGUCUCUUCGACUUUACCAGGACCUAGCGAUCCCGCAAGUCAUGAAGGUGGAAGACAUCUCGCCAGUCCAAACAUUACAAGAGAUUACUUGCUAAUAGUGAGUAUGGCUGCUGGAGUAGUCGUCCUAGGCAUCGCUGUAAUAAUCGUUAUCAAGUGCCGUUCCUUGGAUGCACAAAUGAAUAAAGAGGAGCAAUGUACGCAACCCAUUCCUUUACCCCGUCCACCCGAUAGGCUGCUGUCGUCGUCGCCACCGUUGAAAUCAUCACAUAUCGAUGGUUUCACCACUCCUAUGUCUACAGCACUGCCCCAAUGCAAGGUCACGCCCUUAAAUAGGGGCGAAUUAGAGUCACCCUCACCGCACGCAUGCUACCCUUACGGAGUCGACGAACAACCGGACGACUGGAGCAGCAUAGAUGCGUCAGAUCUACCGUCUUGUCCUAGCAAAAGUAUUAUGCUACGUAGAAAUCAGUAUUGGGUUUGAAUGGACUGUUUUAUAAUACUCACAAUUAUCACUGAGGUGCCAAAGCCAAAGAUCUCAUUUUUUUUUUAAGAAUUCCAACUAAAGUCAGCACUUUUCUGAAUGUAGCCCGCAUGUUGUUACCUUAUUCUUCAAGUAAAUAAUAUCAAAAUGUAAAUAGAAUUUAUAUGUAUAUUUUCAGUAUUUUUAAAAUUUAGUUUUUAUAUAUUGCUGGAAGCAGGUGUUUAAGAAAGUUUUUAACAAGUCGUGUUUUCUCAGUUAAUUAUUUUGAAUUAGCAAGUUUGAAACUUCUCAUCCAUAAUACUUAUGAAAAACCUUAAAUAAUCGUCCACAUUAGAUUUGGUUAAUAUAUACUUUACAGCUAAUCUUCAAUGUUUCGCACUAAAUCUGUUAUUUUCGAACAAAACUUUACAAUACUUCACUAGGAACGUUACCUAAGCAUGUUAAGUUUGUGAAGACAUGAGUAGCCUGCUAACGUAGGUCUCCAUUUUUUGACAAUAUUGUUCUGGGUGAUUUAUGAAAAGCAUGACACUAGCAGUUCUCUUAUCGAGAUUACAGUACGACUUUAGGUGGUAGUUGCCUUCAGAGACCACCUUGAAAAAAAUAUUUCCAAACAAAAUCAAAAUACUCCUUACUAGUCAUUCAAUAACUAAACCAAAAAGUAACCUAGAGAAAGUACAUACAUUUUUAUUCAAACCGUUUUAUAAAAUGUAUGUAUCUAUGUGAAUUUUAUAUAUUUUCUUUUAAAUUUUUUAAAUAUAGAUAAUUUUUAUACCAGUUAGUUUAGUGUCCUUCGUAGGUUAAAAUUACUUUCCGAGGCAAACAAAUUCCGCAGAUACGUAAUUGGCUAUGACCAAAUUAUUUGAAAUUAAACAUUUAUUUUUCUAUUAAAGUUUACUCAGUCAGAAUCGAGUCGUAUGUGUUAAGCAGCUAAAUUACACUUUUUCAUAGUUUUUUAAUGCUUACAACAUUGUCAAAUAAAUUAUUUUUGACGCUAUUACAUGAAUAGGUUGUGAUAAAUAUGUUUUAAUAUUGUUGACUAUUUGGCUGAUUAACACGAUUUUAUGUGAAAGUUGGGUAGGUAAAGUAAAAUCAAAGACGGGUCAUGCCACCUUAGAACUGUAAUUUUAACCUGAUGUUGAUUUUUUAUAUAUUCUAAGCUAGAGAGAAUAUCGUACAUUAUUAUAAGCACAAGGUGUUAUAUGUUUAUCAUGUUUGUUUUAAAAUAAAUAAACAUCUUUUUA